AUGAUAUUUUAUUAAAAUGAAUAUCUUUCAUUUGCAUAAUCUAAACAAAGUUUUAAAUACAUUAUUCGAGUUUUGUUAAUAUAGUUUAAAGGGUUUAUUAUAAAAAUACUAUGUGAGUCUUAUAUUUUAUAAAAAAGAUCUUUACUGCUUGUAGUAAGUGUUUUGCUAAAUUAUAACGUUAACUUGUUAAAAUUUCAACAUCAAAUAUUAAUUAAUAAUUUUUAUCGUAUUUUGGAAUAUUCCUACUUUUUAUAAUUUACAAAAUAAAUAAAUAGAAUCAACUUAAAUCAUUAAAAGAUCUAUAAUAUAUGA